UAAAGUUAUUGUUUAUGCUAAUUUUGUGUAUAAUUACUACAGAUAUUUUGUUAAUUUGGAAUUACAUUAUAAUGUUAGAUCUAUAGAGUUCAAUAGCUUCUCUCAUUGUAAUUUGGAAAGUUUAUUUGCUUAUAGAUUUUCCAUUUAAUAUUUUUCCUUUCUCGUGCUUGCUUAAUUUUACGACAACAUUUUUGUGCACGCAGUCCUUUGUAAUGCUUGUGUGUUGCAGAAAGUAGAGUUACUUUUUGCUGAAGAUGGUUCUAAUCUGAUUAUAAUGACUUUAUUUUCGUUUUUGCCAAAUUAUGCGAGACUACUUUUUGCAUGCAUUCCAUCUUUGGUAGUAAUUCUUUAUUGACUUGCAGAAGUAAGGAUUAGUGUCUUUCUGAAGUUAACUUCGUGUGAAAUUGUAAUGCUUAUGGAAUUACUGCCUUUGACUUAGCAUUCGUGAAAAAUCAUUCAUCAGCCUAUUUGUUAGUGAGGAUUAUAAGGAAACCGGAUUCUGAUUUUCUUUCCAUUUAUUUAAGUUUCAUAACUGCUGUACUUUAACCACUUGUAGUUGAUAAUUCACACAUUUGUUCUUUGGGAGGAUGCUAAGAUAUAAAAUUGAUACAUUUUUUCUUUUCUGAAUUAUAAGAGGCAGUAAAGAUGUUGCCGUACAUGUUUUGUGAGUUUGAGUUAUAGGUAUGUGUCGGACAGUUGACUCUUAAAAUGUGUGAACAUUUGGUGUGGUCGUUCUCUUGGUUUAUGAUGAUGUGCUACAAAAUUUCAAAUUUUACUCCCUCUAACCUGACUUACGUGAUGCAUUUCAAUGAGACGAGAAUUAAGAAAGUUGUGUUUAGUGUGUUAAAUGAAGAGAUAAUAAAGUUGGGUAGAGAAAAGUGGUUAAUAUUUACCAAAAAAAAAGGAAAUAUGCCACUUAGCAAGGGACGUCCCAGAAAGGAAUACACAUCACUUACCUUGAGACAGAGGGAGUAUUCUGUGGAAUUUUAGAACCUGAUUAGCCUCCAAAGACACCAUUUUUUGCAUAGGAGAUCGACCCUAUAGACGUUACGAGACUUGUCCAAUUGCGAAUGCAACGUGUGUUAUGUCUAUUAUCUGUAAUAAUGUGUGGCUGCUUUAUGGUUUAUAUGGGUAUAGAACUUUUUGGUGAUCUAUAUUUCCUCUCUCUCAAAAAAUCCAUGGUGUAUUGGGUUGUUAGAUAACUACUUUUGUCUGAAAGAGAAUGAGAUUUAACAUUUUGGGUUGCACAAAGUUUAGAAUUGUUUUUUUAGAAAACCAUGCAUCAUGUCCCACAUGCUGCCUCACUCCAUAAGUUUUGAUUCUUGUUCUUUUGAAAAUUAGGAGACGAUAAUGUCGUGUGAAAGUGAUGAGAGUAAUCCCAGUGGCGUAGAUCCCCCGCCUGUUGAUGAUGGUAUUGAAGGGAAUGUCGGUGGGAAUGGCCCACUUAAAAAAGGUCCGUGGACUACUGCAGAAGAUGCAAUUUUAAUUGAAUAUGUUACAAAACACGGAGAGGGAAACUGGAACGCAGUUCAGAAACACUCAGGUCUUGCCCGCUGUGGAAAAAGUUGUCGUUUGAGGUGGGCGAAUCACCUCAGACCAGAUCUUAAGAAAGGUUCAUUUACAGCCGAGGAGGAGUGUCUCAUAAUUAAACUCCAUGCCAAUAUGGGAAACAAAUGGGCUCGAAUGGCUACUGAGUUGCCUGGCCGCACAGACAAUGAGAUUAAGAAUUACUGGAACACCAGAAUCAAAAGAAGACAACGUGCUGGCCUACCACCUGAUAUCUGUUUGAAGUCAUUGAACGAUGACCUGCAAAGUGAAGACAUGAGUAAUUUACCAUCUGGUAAUCUGCACCAUCCAGAACUCAAGCCAAUUCACAUUCCACGAGUGGAAUUUAAGAAUUUUGACGCACAGGGCCUUCUUGAUUUUCCUGCCAAUAACUGGCUUGAUAUUUCCGCAAGUGGCCUGCUUACUCAGCGUCCAAACUCUCCAUACGACAACAAGUCCUUGUUCCCAGCAGUUCAUCCAUCCAAGCGUUUUCGAUGGUCCGAACCAGUGUUCAGUGGCUUAAAUGCUCCUACCUGUAAUGUUUUCCCUGGUGGGAAUCAGUACCAUAUUGAUAAUUCUACACAAAUUGGUAAAUCUUCGGUGUUCUCUGCAUAUGAUCAUAAUCCUGUAACUUACCAUGCAAGAGCUUCGAGUUUACCUAAUGGCAGCCAUGCCGUCUCAAAUGGCCACUCUUCUUCAGAGCCUUCUUGGGCAAUGAAGCUGGAGCUCCCUUCACUCCAAACUCAGAUGGGUAUUUGGGGCUCACCCUCGCCCUCUUCUCCUUUACCUUCCGUUGAUACCUUUAACCAAACGCCCCCAAAUGAGCAGAAUAGCGGUCUAUUAGAAGCAGUAAUCUAUGACUCAGACGCUAUGAGAAACUCCAAGAGCAACAGUGCUCAGCACACUCCACAUGAUUCCACUAUGAUGGAUGACUCAGAAUUUGCUCUCCACGAGUUGGAAUGGGAAGCAUAUGAAGAACAAAACUCUUCUUUAGGUCAUUCUUCCUCAUCGGUGUUCAGUGAGAGCACCCCCAUCAGUGGGAACUCGUUUGAUGAGCCCUUCUCCAUGGGUUUUCCAGUUAACGAAGAAGCAAUAAACGGGGCUCUAAUGCCAUAUGCUAAUAAUGUUGAGACAAGAAACCAGUUGAUUUUUUCCAGAACGGAUUUCUCAGUUGCCUCAAACUGCUUGGGCACAGUGGAACACCCUACUAAGGAACACGAGCUAAAAGAUGCAGCAACAUUUCUUGGUGGCGAUUUGAGCAGAGAAAGCAAAACAGUUGAUGCAAUGGGAACUCCAUCAACUCCAGGCUACCUUGAUCAUGAUUUCGGUACUUGGAACAUCGUGCCUUACAUCUAGUGCACUGGUCUGCAUUCGAGAAAACUCAAAUUUUCAAUAGCCUCUGGAUAUGUUUUCUAUUUUCAAUUUCUGUGGAACAAGUUUCUGGCCUCAAUAUUGGGGGCAGAAAUGGCUUAAUUUUCAAGAACAAUUCUAUGAUGCUUGGCCAUUGAUGUCUAGCAGGCAAACAGUGUAACUUUGCACAUUUGUAUGUGUUUCAUUACUCUGUACGACAAUAUUUUGACAAAUAUCUCUACCUUCUCGUCAUUUGAUUAAA